GAAAGCGUUCCUUAUAUUAUUAGAAUUCCGCAUUAACUUCAGAUCUUACCUCCUGUAAAGCAAGAGGCUACUUUCGGGGUUCGAGGUUAAGAUCACUACAUUCUUCAGUUGUGCAGGUGCAGGGAGAGAUGUUUGAGGCAAUGAGUCCCGUGGGGCAGGGAAGUUUAAGGGACAGGCACUAAAGAUGGCAUGAAUGGCAAAGAAGACGUAAAUGGCCAGAGAGCCACGGGGCCACGAUUCGGAGACGUACGUGUGGCCGAGAGGCAGCAGAUGCCCUGGGUACCCAAAGAAGGCUUGGCUGGGAUCAGGGCGGUGGCCGAAGAUGCUCUUCAACGCGUUACGUCCUCCGCGCCGGCAGGGGGCGCCGCGUGCCCCGGGCGCCGCGAGGACGAUAGAGGCCCAGUGGUGGGUACCGGCACCUCCUUGGCGCUCUCCUCCCUCCUCUCCCUGCUGCUCUUCGCGGGCAUGCAGAUGUACAGCAGACAGCUGGCUUCCACCGAGUGGCUCACCAUCCAGGGAGGCCUGCUGGGCUCCGGCCUCUUCGUCUUCUCUCUCACCGCCUUCAAUAAUUUGGAGAAUCUGGUCUUUGGCAAAGGGUUCCAAGCCAAGAUCUUCCCGGAGAUCCUCCUCUGCCUGCUGUUGGCACUGUUUGCGUCGGGCCUCAUCCACCGAGUCUGUGUCACCACGUGCCUCAUCUUCUCCAUGAUUGGUCUGUACUACAUCAACAAGAUCUCCUCUACCCUGUACCAGGCCACGGCUCCAGUCCUCACACCAGCCAAGGUCACUGGCAAGGGCAAGAAGAGGAACUAACACGGAAUAUCCAAUAAAGUUGAUUCUUUGUA